GGAAGCGACGACGUAGGUGCACCGUCAGUCUCGUGUCCUUCCUCAACUGCUCGUUGUAGUUUUCUUCGCUAUGGCUCAACAAGGUGCAACGCUGCAGAACUACAACAAUGAGCUGGUCAAAUGUAUCGAGGAUCUGCGUGAGAAGCGGGAGGAGGUGAACCGUGCGAUGCUCAAGGAGGAGGAAGAGAAGGCCAAGAUCCAGAAAGACUUGACCAUUCUCACCGACAGACUCAGCAAGAUCAACGAAGCGCUCGCUAGGAAAACACAAGCUCGUAAUGAAUACGACCGUACCAUCCAGGAGACAGAGGCUGCCUACAUGAAGAUCCUCGAGAGCUCGCAGACUUUACUGCACGUUCUUAAACGUGAGACGGUGCAGCUCACGAAGAAGAAGCAGACGUCGUCGUAGCUUUUGUGUUUCUAACGAAGAGCUGCUUAAACGUUGAUAUAAACAAUAUGCAAAACA